UGUUCCUGACGAGGUUGAGACACAAGGAUCGUUCCCGAAGCAAAGACGCUGACAAAUCUGCAGAAGAGUGAAGAGCAGUAGCACAGUCUAGCUAGGAGAGACCUAACCAGAGAAAGAUGGAAACCAAACCCACAGAAAUCAGCAGCUCGAAGAUGUUUGGUGGGCACAACAAGAGGUUUAAACAUUUUAGCCCUACCCUCGGCUGCUGCAUGACUUUCCACAUUUACUUGCCACCCUCUCCUUCACCUUCUCACAAAUUCCCUGUACUGUACUGGCUGUCCGGUCUCACUUGCUCAGACGAGAACUUUAUAAUUAAGUCCGGAGCUCAGCGUGCAGCUGCAAAUGAGGGAAUUGCUUUGAUUGUCCCAGAUACAUCCCCAAGAGGCUUAAAUGUGGAAGGAGAAGCUGACAGCUGGGACUUUGGUGUAGGUGCUGGAUUUUAUGUCAAUGCCACACAAGAGAAGUGGAAGAAUUGGCGCAUGUAUGACUAUGUUGUCAAGGAACUGCCAGGGCUUUUAACGGAUAAUUUUCCACAGCUUGACCCAUCAAAUGCUUCUAUAUUUGGUCAUUCUAUGGGUGGACAUGGUGCUUUAACAAUCUACCUUAAAAAUCUGAAUAAAUAUAAGUCAGUUUCUGCCUUUUCACCCAUUGCAAAUCCUAUAAACUGUGCCUGGGGACAGAAGGCAUUUACAAAUUAUCUUGGCGGCAAUAAAUCUGAAUGGGAGGAUUAUGAUGCCACUUGUCUAAUAAAGAAGUUCCAUGAGGUGCGUGCCACCAUCUUGAUUGAUCAGGGGGAAGAUGACAAGUUUUUGAAGGAUCAGUUGCUUCCUCACAAGUUUGAAGAGGCUUGUAAGAAGGCCAAUGUGCCGCUGCUCUUGAGGUUUCAACCUGGUUACGAUCACUCUUACUUUUUUAUUGCCACCUUCAUAGAUGAUCACAUCCGCCACCAUGCUCAAGCUCUUAGGCUUCCCUAGGCUGUCUUCACUAUGAACAUCUUUGACUGCUCCGUCUGCUUUGUACUGAAUUUACUGGUAUCGUCGAUGGACUUGUCGCUUGUGAGUGAUUCCAUGGGUUAUUUGAAUCUCCAGGGACCUUUUGCCGGACAGUGCCUUGCCCGGAUUGUAUGCUUUUGCUUUUCCGUUGAAAAAUAAUCUUGCAGCU